AUGGCGGCGGCAGCGGUCGACAGCGCGAUGGAGGUGGUGCCGGCGCUUGUGGAGGAGGCCGCGCCCGAGGCGGCGGGCCUCAGCUGCCUCGUCAACCUGCCGGGAGAGGUGCUAGAGUACAUCCUGUGUAGCGGCUCGCUGACGGCCGCCGACAUCGGCCGCGUCUCUAGCACCUGCCGGCGGCUGCGCGAGCUGUGCCAGGGUAGCGGGAAGGUGUGGAAGGAGCAGUUCCGGGUGAGGUGGCCUUCCCUUAUGAAACACUACAGCCCCACCGACUACGUCAAUUGGUUGGAGGAGUACAAAGUUCGACAAAAAGCUGGGUUGGAAGCCCGGAAGAUUGUAGCCUCGUUCUCAAAGAGGUUCUUUUCAGAGCACGUCCCUUGUAACGGUUUCAGUGACAUUGAGAAUCUUGAGGGCCCAGAGAUAUUUUUUGAGGAUGAGCUGGUGUGUAUCCUAAAUAUGGAAGGAAGAAAAGCUUUGACCUGGAAAUACUACGCCAAAAAAAUUCUUUAUUACCUAAGACAACAAAAAAUUUUGAAUAAUCUUAAGGCUUUUCUUCAGCAGCCUGAUGACUAUGAAUCGUAUCUUGAAGGCGCAGUGUAUAUUGACCAGUACUGCAACCCUCUCUCUGACAUAAGUCUCAAGGACAUCCAGGCUCAGAUUGACAGCAUCGUGGAGCUUGUUUGCAAAACCCUCCGGGGCAUAAACAGUCGCCACCCCAGCUUGGCCUUCAAGGCAGGUGAAUCCUCCAUGAUCAUGGAAAUAGAGCUCCAGAGUCAGGUGCUGGAUGCCAUGAACCACGUCCUGUAUGACCAGCUGAAGUUCAAAGGGAACCGAAUGGAUUACUACAAUGCCCUGAACUUAUAUAUGCACCAGGUGUUAAUCCGCAGAACAGGAAUCCCCAUCAGCAUGUCUCUGCUCUACCUGACAAUUGCCCGGCAGUUGGGGGUCCCACUGGAGCCUGUCAACUUCCCCAGCCACUUCUUACUAAGGUGGUGCCAAGGUGCAGAAGGGGCGACCCUGGACAUCUUUGACUACAUCUACAUAGAUGCUUUUGGGAAAGGCAAGCAGCUGACAGUGAAAGAGUGUGAAUACCUGAUCGGCCAGCAUGUGACCGCGGCACUGUACGGGGUGGUGAAUGUGAAGAAGGUGUUGCAGCGAAUGGUGGGAAACCUGUUAAGUCUAGGAAAGCGGGAAGGCAUCGACCAGUCCUACCAGCUCCUAAGGGACUCUCUGGACCUGUACUUGGCGAUGUACCCCGACCAGGUGCAGCUGCUGCUCCUCCAGGCCAGGCUUUACUUCCACCUGGGUAUCUGGCCAGAGAAGGUGCUUGACAUCCUCCAGCACAUCCAGACCCUAGACCCGGGGCAGCACGGGGCGGUGGGUUACCUGGUGCAGCACACGCUGGAGCACAUUGAGCGGAAGAAGGAGGAGGUGGGGGUGGAGGUCAAGCUUCGCUCCCACGAGAAGCACAGGGACGUCUGCUACUCCAUUGGGCUCAUUAUGAAGCACAAGAGGUACGGCUAUAACUGUGUCAUCUACGGCUGGGACCCCACCUGUAUGAUGGGACACGAGUGGAUCCGAAACAUGAACGUCCACAGCCUGCCUCACGGCCACCAUCAGCCCUUUUACAACGUCCUGGUGGAGGACGGGUCCUGUCGAUACGCCGCCCAGGAGAACCUGGAGUAUAACGUGGAGCCGCAGGAGAUCUCCCACCCCGAUGUUGGCCGCUACUUCUCAGAGUUCACGGGCACUCACUACAUCCCGAACGCAGAGCUGGAGGUCCGGUACCCGGAGGACCUGGAGGCUGUGUAUGAGACGGUGCAGAACAUUUACAGUGCGAAGAAAGAGAGCGUGGAGUAA